AUGGGUGCGUGCAACUGCUCCGGCGAGUCGGCGAAGUGCAACUUCGGUGACAAGCAACCUGUCGUGAAUCUAACCCCUGGGGCAGAGGAGGCAGCUGGUGUGCAGCGACCGGGGCAGGGUGCAGCAGCCAGUUCAUCGCUGCCAAAGGCAGCGGCUGCAAAGCUUGAAGUCCCAACCAUACGUCGUCCAGAUGAAAAAACAGCUGGUCUUCCGCAGGACACCGAUGGGUCCGUAUUGGAGGAUGUCCGCAUCACCCUGGACGAUGGCUCUGUCUACAACGGACAGUGUCGAGACGGCGUUUUCAAUGGAGAGGGAACGCUGACCCUGCCCGACGGAGCUGUCUAUGAGGGCCAGUUCAAAAAUGGCAAGAAACAUGGUGUGGCAAAGUACACUUAUGCAAACGGAGCCAUCUAUGAAGGUGAGUACAAAGAGGAUGCCAAGGAUGGAAAGGGUAGACUGAUUUGUGAUGGCAUCGGAACCUUGGCCGAGGCCUCCACAUACGAAGGCGACUGGUUGAACGACCUGCAGGAUGGCCAAGGGAUUGAAAGAUGGGGUGACGGCUCUGUGUUCACCGGCUCCUUCAAAGAUGGCAGGAAGCAUGGUCAUGGCAAGUUCAUGUGGGGGGAAGGCUGCAUGUACGAGGGGAGCUUCCUGAAUAACGACAUGCACGGCGAAGGCCGCUAUGUUUGGGCAGAUGGUCGCCAGUACAAUGGCGACUGGGUAGAAAACCAAAUGCAUGGAGCCGGCACAAUGCGGUGGCCAGAUGGUCGCAUCUUUGAGGGCGAUUUCAGCCACGGCAAAAAGGAGGGUGAGGGCACCUUGACCUGGCCUGAUGGUCGCACCUACGAGGGCCAGUGGGCUAGCACCUCAGAAAGCAGCGCAUCUGUACAGCCCGAUGACCUAGUGCCCACACCGUGCCUGAUUCGAGACACAAGUGACUUGGGUUUCAUGUUUUCAAGCUAUGAUUUUUAG